UAACAUCUGCAAUGAGAAUGCGAGGCGAACAUAUGCGACAUUUUCGCCAAACGCCGAUUUUUGCGUUUCCUCCAUCGUUGACGUUUUUCCUGGGAUCAAAGCACAGUCACGUCCAGGUGCUAACUCUUUACAACCCCUAUGAGUUCCCGAUCAAGUACAAAGUCCAUUGCCAUUCAUCGGCAUGGGAAAAGUAUAUCGUUCCCAAUCCAGAAGGGAUUAUUCCCAAUGAGAGUAGCAUCGAUUUGGCCGUAACACAUAAGCAGGCCAUUCCUUCCAAUUGCAAUGUUACCGAUAAGCUGAAAGUUGUUAUGCAAGACAUAGAAACUGAUGAGAUUCUUGGCAGGAAGACUGUUGAAGCCGUUUUGCUGCCAGGCACAAAGGAAGGCCCCGAUUCGGUGAAAGAUGAACAUGGAAACGGCGCUCUUGAAGGGGAAAUUCGGGGUUCUGUGGCAAGGAGCAACGUGACCGCGAUCCCAGUGGGAAACAGCAUAUUUCUGGGGUUCAUCAUUGUUGUAUGUGCUGUUGUGCUGUUUCUGCCUGCUGAAGUGCAGGUCAGCCCACCUUCAGAUCUUCCUAGUUACCUUCACAUGCCCCACAAGAUCCAGCUGCUGGCAGCUCUUCUCUUAGGGAUGUGCUUGUGUUUGGUCGUGCGCCAGUAAGCUACACUUAUUCCAAAUUCUGGAAUAUUGUCGACACUGCGUGAUUCACCUCAUAGUUGUACAGCUAAUUAUAGUAUUUUAUAAUAACAGUAUAGGGUAGAUGAACUACCUACUAUGAUUUAGGUAGCUGGCCUAAUUUCGACGAUAUUUGACAAAGUUCUUCUAUUUUUGCACUGUACAAAGCGAACACAGGUCGACACAUGGACCUAGACGAUAUUAGAUUUAAGGUUUUCAUUUGCUACGAGUUACCAAUAUUGUUUUGUUAAUAAAUAGGUAGGUGAUAUUUUGUAUAUUUAUAUUUUCAUGUUAUUAUACUCUUGAAAAGA